AUGUCACGUGAUGUGCAAUCUGACUCCAAGGUCUCUGUUGGGGAAGCUAAGGUGGGAUUCAACUUCCUCGUCACAACCAUGCGCCUAUUCUUCCUUAGCGUAGCAUCCCUAAGUAUUGUUCCCCUUUCCCUGGCACUUGUAGCAGCAGACCAACAACCACUUCAAGCUGUGGGAGGUCCAGUUCAUACGACUGACAGCUGGAGCUGGAAGAAUUGCGGAUUGGAAACCGACCCAGUUCAAAUUCAUUCCAUCUCUGUCUCUCCGGACCCUCCAGAACCCGGCAAAGACUUGACCGUUACCGUCAAUGCCGAAGUUGUGGAAGAAAUAGUGGAGGGUGCUUAUGCCGAUGUUACUGUGAAACUCGGGCUGGUGAAGCUGUUGAGGAAGCAGUUUGAUGUUUGCGAGGAGGCCCGCAAUGCCAACGCGACUAUUCAGUGUCCUGUGAAAACAGGGCCUUAUACUGUUGUGCAAACAGUCGCUUUGCCCAAGGAGAUACCCAAAGCCAAGUUCAACGUCGACGUUCUUGGUUUUACUGCUGCAGAUGAGGAUAUGCUUUGCGUUAAACUGACAGUAGAUUUUCUGAAGAGAUUCCCUCGUCUGUGGUAG